AAAAAAAAAAGGCAAAAACACUAUGGGCCAGGUGCAUGUCUCGUGACUCCUGAAGACGUGGCUGCGAAAGAGGUGGUUUGGUCCUGACAAAGGAGGAGAGUCUAACCGGAUUCCACACGGAACCGUUGAACUGUGAAGGCCUUGAACCGCCUUGAAAGCUACAACGACUGUAAUCGAAGGACUUGGUGGCCAGAGAUUUUAGAGAGAAAGGGAGCUAUCGGAAGCUCGGCGCAGAAAAAACUGUCCGCAGCCAUGAUCUCUCAGUUCUUUGUGCUUUCUCAGAGAGGCGACAAUAUCGUCUUCCGUGACUAUCGCGGUGAGGUACAAAAGGGAAGUGCCGAGAUAUUCUUUCGCAAAGUGAAAUUCUGGAAGGAAGAUGGAGAAGGGGAUGCACCACCUAUCUUUAAUGUAGAUGGUGUAAACUACUUUCACGUGAAGGUUGCUGGGUUGUUAUUUGCUGCUACAACAAGAGUCAAUGUGUCACCUUCUCUUGUUUUGGAACUUUUACAAAGGAUUGCACGUGUUGUUAAAGAUUACCUUGGGGUCCUUAAUGAAGAUUCACUGCGGAAGAAUUUUGUGCUUGUGUAUGAGUUGCUGGAUGAAGUUAUUGAUUUUGGUUAUGUUCAAACAACUUCAACUGAGGUUUUGAAGUCUUCCAUUUUCAAUGAGCCAAUUAUGGUUGAUGCUGGCCGUCUGCCACCCCUUGGUCCUGCUGCAAUUUUCAUGCAAGGGUCCAAAAGAAUGCCAGGGACAGCUGUCACAAAAUCUGUUGUAGCAAAUGAACCUGGGGGUAGGAAAAGGGAGGAGAUUUUUGUGGACAUAAUUGAAAAAAUAAGUGUUACAUUCAGCUCUAGUGGAUAUAUUCUUACAUCUGAAAUUGAUGGCACUAUCCAAAUGAAGAGUUAUCUUACAGGAAAUCCAGAAAUUCGGCUUGCUCUUAAUGACGAUUUGAGCAUAGGAAGAAGUGGAAGGUCAAUCUAUGACUAUAAUAGUUCAUCUGGGUCAGGGCCGGUUGUUCUAGAUGAUUGUAAUUUCCAUGAAUCUGUUCAUCUAGAUAGUUUUGAUAUUGACAGAACGCUUACACUGAUACCACCAGAUGGCGAGUUCCCUGUUAUGAAUUACCGCAUGACUCAGGAAUUUAAGCCUCCUUUCCGUAUUAAUGCGCUGAUUGAAGAAGCAGGACCCCUUAAGGCUGAAGUUAUAAUUAAAGUGUUUGCUGAGUUUGCCUCAAGCGUCAUUGCAAAUACAAUUCUUGUACAGAUGCCACUGCCAACAUAUACAACUAGGGUUAGUUUUGAGCUGGAACCUGGAGCAGUCGGAAACACAACUGAUUAUAAGGAAGCAAACAAAAGACUUGAAUGGGGUUUAAAGAAGAUUGUUGGUGGAUCGGAGCAUACACUACGAGCAAAACUGACAUUUUCACAACAAUCACAUGCAAAUAUUACCAAGGAAGCUGGACCUGUUAGCAUGACAUUUACAAUCCCAAUGUAUAAUGCUUCAAGGCUUCAGGUAAAGUAUUUGCAGAUAGUGAAGAAGUUGAAGACAGACAAUCCAUACAGAUGGGUGAGAUAUGUCACACAGGCGAAUUCAUAUGUUGCCCGGUUGUAAACCUCAGUAUUCUCAAUUUUUAUCGUUCCUUCUCUUGCUUUAAUCAGCUUCUGUAGCACUAAAUUUCUCCAGAAGUGAAUGCUUUAUGCUCUUUUUAUAAUUGAAUUUGAUAUUUCUUCUGUA